AAAUAACGAUGCUAGGUGUGAAGUAAGCCGCGAUUGAGGCACUAGUUGAAACCGGAAUUACGAUAUUGAAAGGAUUAGUAGGGUCAUAUUUUGAUGCUAGUUGUUAUUCUGUUUCAUAACCUGAUGUUGGAUGUGUUUGGAUUACAUAUUUAGAUGGAACCCGUUUGAAACAAAAUGGAAAAGUAGCUAGCCUUUUCUAUCAUCCAACAAAAUAACACACAGCAACAACAACUGGAAAAUUAGGUCAGAAAAGGAGUGUUGCUGGACCAGGAGAAUGGGCAAUAUCAGAAUAAACUAAAGGAGCAUUUGGUAAUCAAGCAUUUUACAAUACUUUAUGA